AUGUCUGUUGUCGUUCCUCAUGAGAAUCUCGCAGAAGAUUUUGAUGAUGAAUUAGAAGACAGAGAUCAGUAUUUUGUGCAGAAACUUGUUGAGGAGUUCGAAGACGAGCCAUCGAUUCUUCACAACGAAUAUCCAGAGACUGAGAGUGAUAGUGAAGAAGAAGCAGAGGAAGGCGAACCUCUUGUAGGAAGACAGCGAACCCCUCAUAUCAGGCGUGGUGAUGGACCUGAUGGUCAUUUGUACAAAGACCAGACCUUCUUCAAUGGAGUUGCUUUCAAAGAAGCUGUUCUUGACUAUGCACUAAAAAGCAAACGAAAUCUGAAGCAAUACAGACACAUCUAUGGGAACUUGAAGAAAAAGCAUCCAAGCAAAAAACACAUGAAGCCUUACAUAUGGAAUUUGGCAUGGAGCUACAAUGAACCAGAGUUUCUGGAAAACUUGGACAGGCUAUUCAAUUACGACAGUGGUGUGUACAAUGAUGUGAUGAAGCAAAAUCCCAGGAGUUGGUGCAGAGCUUUCUACAAGAAAGGUAACUAUUGUGAAGACGUGGAAAACAACUCAACAGAGUCGUUUAACAAGACAAUAAAACAGGCUAGAGGGAAGGCAUUUGUUCCAAUGCUAGAGACCAUAAGAAGAUUGGCUAUGGCACGUAUUGCCAAGAGAUCGGCCAAAUCUCAUGGUCACAAUGGGAUUUGUACACCAUAUGUUGCUAAGUUUCUUGAAAAAGAGCACGAAGAAGCUUCUAAAUGUAUUGUCACUGCAGCCACUAAUGGGUACUAUGAAGCAAAGCUAGAUGGUUGUCCUUACCGUGUAAACUUGGAUCGGAGAACUUGCAGCUGCCAUAAGUUUGAAAUUUGCGGAAUUCCUUGCAAGCAUGCAUAUGGAGUGAUAAUGGUGAAAGUGAAGGUACCUGAGGAUUAUGUUUGUCACUGGUUCCGCACAGCGACGUGGAAGAGAAACUAUGAAGAAGGGCCUAUUCCAGUGAGAGGUAUAAAGUUUUGGCCAACAACAGGUGCUCCAAAGGUCCAUCCUCCUCCUGUACCUGAUAAAUCGGAGGAUAAAUCAAAGGAUCCAUCGGUGGAUCAGUUGGUGGAUCAAUCCAAGAGUAAAAAGACAACCAAAGCCGACCACAAAAGAAAAAGAGGAGUUAAUGAGUCUCCAACCAAGAAGGCACCAAAGCUUAAAAAGAGGAUAAUGCAUUGUGGAGUUUGUGGAGAUGCAAACCAUAACUCAAGGAAACACAAGAAUGAUUCUAACAAGGGUCAAGGAGAAGCCUCUCAAGCGAAUCUCACUCAAGCUGAAUCCUCUCAAGGGACUCUCACUCAAGCUCCAUCUUCUCAAGCAACAUAG